CGAGCCCAUACGUCAUGACGUCAUCACGUCUGUUCUUGUCAGCGGACGUGAGAUGUAGCUACAUGUGAGCGUUUCUGUUGUACUGACCCCCGAGUAUGAGUUUAAAGUGAGACAGCACACUGUGGAAACAUGGCUGUGGCUUUGUCGCGCUGUCUCUGCAGGGUUUUAACCCGACAGGCCGCUCCGUCAAGCUUCCUGUUGGGAGGUCAUCACCAUGCUGUACAGAGUCCUUGGUUUGCACCAGUGAUGACACUGAAGACAUCAGCUCCACUCAGAGCGGAGCCCAAAAAAAAGAAGAAAGUGGACCCAAGAAGGGAGCAAGUAGUAAGAGACAGGCUGAAAAAAAAGCUGAAGAAGCUGGAGAAGGUUCCACCUGAGCUUAUCCCAAUAGAGGACCUCGUUAUUCCAACCAAAUGCUUGGACGAGACAAGGGAACGCUCUGCACCAAGGCUGCCAUUUGAAGAAACUGAGGGUCGAGCCCUGCUGCUUAAGGAAUGGAGUCGAUACAAACAGGAACAGCACAUGGCUGAAGUGCAAGCUGUUGAACUUGCUCUAGAUGCACAGAGGGAGGCCCUGGAAGAGCUUAAGUUAGAGUCUGAGGAGCUGUACCAGGCAGCACUGAAACCAGAUCCCCUUCUGUUUCCCUUCACUCAUAAAGGUCCGACCUACACACCACCAAAGACCGACUAUGAAGCUCCUGAUGGGAAAUACAAUGACAUCACAAAAGUUUACACACAGUGAUGGACAGGGAAUGGUGGUGGAUGGAGCCUGUGUGUAUUGUCAUUUAUAUAGUGUGUAUCCUUGUUUGUACAUUAAUAUCAAUCAAUAGGCCAAGACGCAGCCUUUUAACAGCGUCAAGUGUAGGUGUGUAUUUUCUUUUACUUUCAUGAAUUAUACAGUCACCUGAGUUGUUUCUGUAUCAAAGGCAACUAUAUUCAUGAAAAUUAUUUGUUUUUCACCCACAUUCACAUCAAUGUAUAAAACAAGAAAACAGAAAAUAAAAAUACUUUUUUUUACUGAA